AUGUCUGUGUUCUAUUUCAGUAUUUCAGAAUCAAACAGCGUCAGAUUGAUUCAUUUCCAUAAGAAAUGUGAAAGCUUAGUUUAUAAACUUGGCAAGAAGAAAUGGAGAGGCAAAGAUGAAAGCGACAAUGAUGAAGAUGAUGAAGUGAAGAAAGAUACCUCUGAGAAAAGGUCAGCAAGUUUGGAUGAUCCAGAGGAGAGACGGGAAUGGAGGAAGAAGAUAAGAGAGGUGAUUGAUAACCAUCCUGAUGUUGAAGAGGAGGAGAUUGACAUGGUGGAGAAGAGGAGGAAAAUGCAGAAGCUGCUUGCUGAUUACCCUCUUGUUGUCAACGAGGAGGAUCCUAAUUACAUUAGUAGUAGUCUUGUUCUCUGCUGCUACAUUCUUUUAAAAUACAUCUGA